AUGGUGGUAUUCAGAGAGAGUGUGACCGUGAAAGAGUCGCUGCUCGUGCCGGAGGUAAAGGACAUUUGGAACACGACAUGGUAUCCGAAAGCUUCAGACCAUGUGAACACGGACAAGCCAUGCUUGGGAGAGCUCUAUUCAGUCACCUGCAAGUAUACAAAGGCUCUGAGCAUCCCCUUGAGGCACAACAGCCGCUUGAUCUGCCUAUCAGGGACAAGAGAUUACAGCUGCAAAAAUAGAGAAACACCAUGGAACACAUCGACCAAGCUCCAGUGUUCACCAUAUGGCCAGAGAGUUUUUGUAGUUUCUUCAAGUCAAAACCAGAGAAAGCUUUGCAGAUUCUUGUAUCCAUUGCUUGCUUUUGUCAACUCUAUGAUGUAA